AUGGUUCAUCUCGCUUCCGUUAAAAAGGACAAUGAGGUCUUUGACCCAGCCUCUCGCAAUGUCGAGUCCCUGGGCUCGCCUCCUGACGUGAACGACUUUUACACCAAUGUCUACGGGAGCCACUUCGCUGCCGACCACAUGCCGACGCAUGAAAUGCCCGAACGGGAGAUGCCUCGCCAGAUAGCUGCUCGUAUGAUCAAGGACGAGCUCAGCCUGGAUGGUAACCCCAAGCUCAACUUGGCCAGUUUCGUCACCACCUACAUGGAAGAAGAGAUCGAGGAGAUCAUGACCGACUCGUUCAGCAAGAACUUCAUCGACUACGAGGAGUACCCCCACUCCGCCGAGAUCCAGAACCGCUGUGUGAACAUGAUUGCCCGUCUGUUCAACUGUCCCACAGGGUCAGAGGGUGAUAAUGCCAUGGGUACCUCCACCAUUGGCUCCUCCGAGGCCAUCAUGCUGGGCACCCUGGCCAUGAAGAAGCGCUGGCAGAACAAGCGCAAGGCCGAGGGUAAGGACAGCUCCCGUCCCAACAUUGUCAUGAACAGUGCAGUGCAAGUGUGUUGGGAGAAGGCCGCUCGCUACUUCGAUAUCGAGGAGAAGUACGUCUACUGUACCAAGUCUCGUUAUGUCAUCGACCCCAAGGAGGCUGUCGACCUGGUGGAUGAGAACACAAUUGGUAUCUGCGCCAUUAUCGGUACUACCUACACUGGUGAGUACGAGGACGUCAAGGCCAUCAAUGACCUGCUCGUCGAGCGUGGCAUUGACUGCCCCAUCCAUGUCGAUGCGGCUAGUGGUGGCUUUGUCGCUCCCUUCACCCAGCCCGAUCUUGCCUGGGACUUCCGUCUCGAGAAGGUCGUCUCCAUCAAUGUCUCCGGACACAAGUACGGUCUGGUCUACCCCGGCGUUGGUUGGGUCAUCUGGCGUUCGCCCGAGUACUUGCCCCAGGAGCUGGUCUUCAACAUCAACUAUCUCGGCGCCGACCAGGCUAGUUUCACUCUGAAUUUCUCCAAGGGUGCCGCCCAUGUCAUUGGCCAGUACUACCAGCUGAUUCGCCUGGGCAAGCACGGUUAUCGCUCCAUCAUGGUUAAUCUGACUCGCAUUGCCGACUACAUGGCCGAGCAGCUGAAGAAAGAGGGCAUGGUCAUCAUGAGCCAGGGUCAGGGCAAGGGUCUGCCCCUUGUAGCCUUCCGCCUGCCUCCCAAUCCCGACCGUAUCUACGACGAGUUUGCCGUCGCCCACCAGCUGCGCGAGCGCGGAUGGAUUGUUCCUGCCUACACUAUGGCACCUCACAGCGAGAAGCUGAGAUUGAUGCGCAUUGUCGUCCGUGAGGACUUCAGCAUGAACCGCUGCGACAGCCUUUUGACCGAUAUCAAGCUGGCCCUCGAGACCCUUAACUCCAUGGAUCAGGCCAUGAUUGAAAAGUACAAGGCGCACAUGGUCAGCCACCGUGCUCAUCCCCGUCACAAGCACAGCCACUCGAGCUAUCAGGGCGAGAAGCACUCCCUGCAGGGUAAGACUGGCAAGACCCACGGCGUGUGCUAA